UCUGCUUCUCUUCAGUUAGUGGCUGACCAUCGUUUCGUGCAGACGUGUUUUGGUGGUACAAAAUAAUAGCACAAGUGGAGGAGACUCACAAAACUAAUCAGAAGUUAAAAAAGCUUAAAAAAUAUUCAAGUUAGUGAAGAAAAAAAUAUUUUUUUUUUUCAACAAAAAAAUAUUUUCAAAGUGUAACGGAAUAGAAAUUCAAAUAACUAAAGAAAAAAAUCGCCAAAAAUUCAAUCACAAACAUAUUUAAGAAAAAAAUUCAAACGACCACCACGAAAAGAAGAAACCUUACGGAUUUGUAAACUCCAACAUCAAAUUUUGGAUACAUCAGAUUUUUUUUGUCGGUUUUCAAACUGUGUAAACUUUACAAAGACCACAACUGAGCGAGUGUGUGUGUGUGCGCCUGUGUGCCCCUUGCAGUUGUGUAUCUGUGUGUGCGCGUAUUUCAUACCCUCUGUACUGUUUAAAAAUUCAUUGCCUGGUUCCUCUGGGAACCUGAACUUUUGAAGAAGUUUCCAAUUGUCUGUUUGUUUUGGAAAGAAGAAAGAAGUCGUGGACGUGGACGACGACGAAGUGCAAGUCAAACUCAAAGUCAAAGUAGAAGAAGAAGCUGUUGCAGAAAACUAAAAGCAACACAUCCGAACCAAGAAUACAUACAAGAAAACAUAUAACAACAACAGCAAACUACCUGUAAUCCAGAGUGAACGAGUGAGAAGCUAUAAAAGCCGAAUGUUUAACGGAUAAAAAAAAAUUACGUUCAAAAUAACAUUACAUAAACGUUGUGGUGCUGUAAUCUUGUUGUAGUUAUUUUAAACAGUUCUUCUACCACACAACCAUCUGGAAAUUGCCCCCAAAACAAACAACAGCAACAACAACAUCAUUUCAUUUCGCAUUAAAAAUGGAGUACAAUAUAGAAAAUAAAAGGCAAAGGCAUCAUCUGCAUAUCCAACGAUCAUCUUUAACUGUUAAAUUCUACUUAGCGUUAGCGUUAUUUGUAACAUUAUUUACCACACAAGCGGCAGCAUCGACACUCGGCUCGAAAUGUCAACACGACAUGGAUUGUACGGAUUUUAUUAAGGGAUCGUCGUGUUCUGCCCUCGGCUAUUGUGAAUGUGCCCCGUACUAUGUCCAAUACAACAGUACAACAUGUUUGUCAUCUCAACUCCUGGGUGGCGAUUGCAUUCUCAACGAACAGUGCACCAUGAAGGUGUCCAACAGCAGUUGUCUGGAUGGAGCCUGUCGCUGUGUGGAGGGUUUCUUGCAGUUCCGCAAACAUACCUGUCUUGGACCUGCCCCACCCGGUUCCGUUUGUUACAGUCACGCCCACUGCCAGAUGUUCAGUUCGAAAACCCAUUGCGACUUUUUGAUACCGAAUUUGUUUGGACGUUGUCAGUGUACCGCUCCAGCUAAACUGAAGGCCGGCAAUUGUGUUGAACCAGCAGCCGAAGAAGCUCCCGCAGCAGCAGCACCAGCCAGUACCUCUACAACUACCACCACCACCACAAGUACCUCUACAUCUGCACCCAAAGUUGAGACGGAAGCUCCCAGUGUCCAACCACAAAUUUUGGCUGAUCCCCAGAUUGUUGAACCUGCUGCCGCCGAAGAUGAGGAAGAGAAUAAUGUGUCGGUGGAGGAACAGGAAUUGGAUGAUGAUAAGGAAGCCUUCAAGCCCACCGAGACCAUUGAAAUUCCCACAACUCAGCAGAGUCCAUUGACACCAGCCGAUGCCGGACAUACUAUGAUUGAUGAACAUCAUCAGGUGGUGGAGGAGGAAGAGGCUACCCAAGAUACUCCCUUGGUAACAGAUGAUUACCCCUACAAACCGGAUUAUGAGUAUGCUGAGGAACAUCAAGAACAAGUUGUGGAUCAUAAGGUAGAGGAAGAUAAAGCUGAGGAAUCAAAGCCUUUGGAACAAGCAGCCUUGGAGGAAUCAACGAAGCCGUUGGUGCAUCAAGAGGAAGAGGAACAUCAUGCUGAGGAGUACUCCGAUGUGGUGGACAACACCAUGAACUUUGAUUAUGAAGCCGCAGCCCAGGAAGAAAUGGAAGAUCAACAAAAGGCAGAAGCCGAACAAGGCCACCAACAGCAGGAACAACAUGUGGUCCAGAUAUUGCAUGAUGAGGAGCAACCAGCUGAAGAAGAACACAUUGUGCAGGAAGCCCAGCCAGGUGACAAUUAUCAGGAAUCUUUUAUCCAUCCCACCACUGAAGUGUCUUUGGAUGAGCCACACGAAGGAGAAGGGGAAGAAACCAACUAUGUGAACUACCAACAACCACAAGAGCAACAACAACAUGAUGAACUUGUUCCCGCUGCCAAUGAUGCGGAGGCUAAUGAAAACGAAAGUGCCAACAAUGAAAUUGAGGCAACCACUCAGCAACAACAACAACAACAGCCUCAAGCAGAGCAAGAAAUUGAUGAAGCUAUUAUGGCACACACAGAUGUCGCUGGCGAAGAACCCCACCAAGAUAGCGUAGAGGCAGCGGAAGAAGAGAACUCUCAUCUAAUGCCUGGUAAUGCAGAAGAAAAUGAAAAGGAAAAAGAAAACCAAGAAAUUGCUGAAGACCACCAGACUGCGGGCCAAAUAGCGGACAGUAAUGCCGUCGAACCACAAGAACACAGCGAAGACAAAGUCGAAGAGGAUGGAAAAGAAGAAGGUGAGGCAGAACAUCAAGCUGUUGAGGAGAUCCCCGUAGAAAUGCCCCAAGAAAAUGACGAGAGUGUUGAUGAUGCUCAUCAUGUUCCAAUCUUGACCGAAUCUCAACCCGAGGUUAUGGAGCAAAUUAAUGAAAAUGUUAUAAGUCAAGCAUCGGAUGAAAAUGCGCUGGAAGCUGAGCAAACAGAAGGAGAAAAAGAACAUGUGGAGCCAAUUGACAAUGAAAAUCUUCACGAGGAAGCCAUGGAAGAGGUGCAUGAAGAAACCUCUGAUCACGGAGUUAAUCAGGAAACAAUGGGAACUGUGGAAGAACAACAUGCUGUCCAAGAGAAUCAGGAGAGUCAAGAAGAGCCUCAGAAGAACGAAGAUGGACAAUCAAUGGCUGGACAGGAAACCUCCCAAGUCCACCAUGACGAAAUGAUCCAAUUUGCCACCGAAAAUGACAUUGCCACCCUGAGCCCCAGUGAAAUUGAAGAGGACCAAGAAGAUACCUUGGAUGUGCAGCAGCAUGAAGAGGAAGCCGCACAGGAAGAACACUCCUCCGCUCACCAGGAAGAAGCAUAUGAAACCGAGGAAUCGUUGAAGGACGAAGAACAAGCCCCGGAGGACCAAUCCCAUCCUAUCUUAGCUGAUGAAGUUGAGGAAGAACAUGUACCCCAGGGUAUUCAAUUCGAUCAGGUCCACCAUGAAGAACAAACUCAUGGCAUAAAUGAGGAAGCCGCUCAACAAUCUUCCAACGUGGCAGAAAAUGAAGGAGAACUUCUCCCAGCAGCCGCUGAGGAACAGACACUGGAAGGAUCUGAAAGCACACAUGAGGAAAAGAACGAAGAAGCCAAUGAGGAAGCAGAAAUCCAGCAGCUGAAUAAUGAAGAGCAUGUUCUCCAUGAAACUAAUGAUCAAGAAGAGUCCUUGAAUCACGAAGAAGACGGAGAGGUUCAAGGUCACCCCAGCAAUAACGAAGAGCACAUCCUUAGCCACGAAGAAGAAGAAACCCAUGAAACUAACGCCGACGAAUUUGCGCAGCAAACAAAUGAAGCCGAAAUGGAAACCCCUGACUCCCCAGUUGUCAUGCAGGACGAAACCGAGGUCCCAGAAAAACAAGAAGAACAUGUUGAAGAAGAACAUGUCGAUUCCAUGACCAAUCAGGAAGAAACACAAGUUCCCGAAAAAGCAGGAGAACAUAUCGAAUCCUCUGACUCUGUGGUCGUUCAUGAAGAAACCCAGGUUCCCGAACAUCAGGGAGAACACAACGACUCUGCUGACUCGGUAGUGAUUCACGAAGAAACCCAGGUCCCCGAAAAUCAGGAAGAACAAAUCCACGCUGCGGACUCGGUAGUGAUUCACGAAGAAACCCAGGUCCCCGAGAAUCUAGGAGAAGAAAUCGCUUCUGUCGACUCGGAAAUGGUGCACGAAGAAAACCCAGUAGCUGAAAAUCAGGGUGAACAAUUUAAGGAUCAAAACUCGGCAAUGAAUCAGGAAGAACAUGAUGUUUCAGAAAAUCCAGAACACAUGGAAUCCCCCGCACCGGUUCAAGAAGAAUCACAGGCCCCAGAACAUCAAGAAGAUAACAUCGAAUCCCUCGACCCUCAAGUGGCUAACGAUGAAAUCCAGGUGACAGAAAAUCAAGGUGAAGAAGUCGGCUCAGAAGUUAUUCAUGAAGAAGUUCAGGUUCCAGAAAGUCAAGCUGAACAAAUCAAUGCUGUCGACUCGGCAGUGAUUCAAGAAGAUGUCCAGGUUCCCGAAUAUCAGGAAGAACAUAUUGCCCCUGUAGAUUCGGUUGUCAUUCACGAAGAAACCCAAGUCCCCGAAAAUCACGAAGAAUACCACGAGACUGAUGCAGAAUCUGAACAAAUUGAUUCCCAGCAACCCACAAUUGCUGAAGAGGGACCUGAAUCUGGACAUGAUUCCGAACCUCAUGUACAAGAAUUGGAAGAAUUGACUCAACCUGGUUACCAUGAAAUCCCACACAUUGAAUCCGGGGUAGCCCAGAUCGCUCACGAUGAAUUGCCAGCAUCUGAAGAUGAGCAUUCCGAAACUGCCAGCGAUGAAGUUGAGAAUCCCAAGGAAAUUGCCCAGGAUCCAAUCCUUGCCUCGGAAGAAAAGGCCGAAGAAAACUACAGCCAAAAUGAAGUUGGAAGUCAAGAAACUAAAUUUGAUGAAGCCGAAGAACAAAAUGAAUCCGAACAACAACCCAUUGAAACCGAGGACAAGCAGGACGCUUCCGAAACUCAUGAAAAUGAUAUUCAAAGAGGUGAGGAAGAAUUCAAUACCCACAGCCCAUUGAAUUCGGAAAUUGAGCAGACUGAAGGACACUCAAGUAAUGCCGAAGAACAUCAAGAUUCUGACGUCACCAUUGAAGGUCUCGAAGAUUCGACAAACCAUGUCAAUCAAGAAGACAUCAAGGAUCUGGCAACAAAUGAGGAAGCUCAACACCAAAACGAACUCUCCGACAAAACGCAACAGGAAGAAACCCUCAAAGCUGAGGAUCAACAUCAAGCCGAAUCCCACAUUGAAUCCACGGCCAUUCAUCAUCCUGAUGCUCAAGAUGUUAUGCUGCCUUUGGAAGAUUUUGAGGCCAUCACGGAAGCCAUUGAGGAUCAACAGGAGCAAGAUCUGGAAAAUCCUGAAAACAAUGAAAUUUCCCAAAAUCCAGAAGACGAAGAAUCAGAAUCGUUUGCCCACACCACAGGACACCCAACCGAUGAUUCCGAAGAUCAACAAGAAUCUCAACCGACUACCAGCCCCUCGGAAGAUGACCAACACUCAUCCGAGCUUGAAGAAAAUCAAAUCAAUCACCAAGAAGCAGCCUCCCAGGAACAGAACUACUUCCAAAUGUCGCUGAAACCCCAGACACAAUACGACGAGCUCGCAGAAAAUGAGGACGAUUUCCAUCAUCAAAUCCAAGAACCUGUUUCCGUUGAACCCCAACAGAGCCAAGAAAGUACCUAUGAAAUUCCCGGUGGUCUGGCAAGUCAAUCUGAGAGUCAAGAAAUCUCAGCCACAAUGUUGGAAGAACCCGAAGACGAGGAUGUGGCCCAGAAUGCCUCAAUUAUGGAUAUUUUAAAUGAGCUAAUGAAGGAAGAAAUCACCGUGCAGCCUCCCCAAUAUUCGCAAGAAGAAUUGAGCCACAAUCCUGCUCCCCCACAACAAGAAGCCGAAGAAGAAGUACCCGAUUUGGUGGCCGAAGAUUCAAAUAUUUCCGAAGAAAAGGUCGUCUCACAAGAAGCCACCGAGGCCUUGAUUGAUCCCCAGGAUAAAUUGAUUACUUUCUAUCCCGAUAUGCAGGAACUGCAACAGCAAGAAACCACCCAUCAAGAGUCUCAAGACAAGCAAGAACUCCCCUCACAUCCUCCGGCCCAACACGAUGAACAGGAAGCUUCCGGUGAUGACAAGGAGUCUUCCGGUGAUGAUGGCGCCACUUUCGAACACAAACCACACCAACAACCACAGCACACUGAAUCUGAAACCGCCCAUACAUUAUCUCCGCAUGAGAUACCAUUUGAUAUGUCCGGUGAUGAUAUGAUUAUCCAACAUGAAUUGGAAGCUGAUAAUUUGGUUGUGGAGACCACAACCCUAAGCAAUAAUGACCUCUACAGUCCCGAAUCGGAACAUGAACAGGCUGAGGCCACAACUGCUGCGGGCAUUGCUGAACUGACCACUCAAACCAUGUUGAAUUUGGCCAGCCGUGUAACGCUCAUGGAACCAGCUGCCCCCGUGGCUACCACUCUAAAGCCUUUAAUGUCUGCAAGUGAGGAGAUAGUAACACCUGAACCCCAGCAUCUUGAGGUGACCGUGUCGGAGGCGGCUGCAUUCAACAGGAAACCCAGUACAACAGAAAUCCGCAAACGUGUUGAAUUGAGUUUGGAGGCUGUCUCCUUGGGCCUGGGCUGCUCCAACGACAAACAAUGCCAACUGGCCGAUCCCAAUACCGUCUGCAAUGCCAAUGGUGUCUGUGACUGUGCUGCCAAUAUCUAUUCCCACUCCAAUAUGGCCGAACAAUGCGGUGCCCAAAAAACCGGUUGCAGUCCCGGAACAUUCCAGUGCCGUUCCAGUGGUGUUUGCAUUUCAUGGUUCUUUGUCUGCGAUGGCCGUUCAGAUUGUAACGAUGCCUCCGAUGAGGAGUGUAGCUUUAAUCCACGCCUCAAUCAAACCUGUCCCGAACAGGCAUUCCGUUGUGGCAACAGUGGACGUUGCAUCUCGCGUGCUGCCCUCUGUGAUGGCCGCAAGCAGUGUCCACAUGGAGAGGAUGAAAUGGGCUGUGUUGGCCUGAAGGCAAAUGAGGCUUGUCCCCCAAAUACCUUCCGUUGCAAGAGCGGUGAAUGUUUGCCAGAGUAUGAGUAUUGUAAUGCCAUUAUUUCGUGUCGCGAUGGCAGUGAUGAACCACCACAUCUGUGCGGUUCCCGGUCCAUGCCUAAUUUCUUCCUGCAGCUAUUGACAGCCGGUGGUUUGAUGAACAAGAACAGUGAUGCCACGGCCUAUUGUCCACACAGGUGUAGCAAUGGUCGUUGUAGGUCGACGGCGAUUGUUUGCUCCGGUCGUGAUGGUUGUGGUGAUGGCACCGAUGAGCAGACCUGUUCCGUGUGCAGAUGUCCUGCCGUUGAUAAACCCGCCUUGCAUGUUUCCGAUUUCUUGGCCCGCCAUCGCCCCCUGAAUUUGUGGUAAUCCCAGGAAAUGCUGUAGGGGUCUCUGCAUUGCGCGGAAACCCAUUUUUGGGUUUGAUUUCGAUUCCGGUCUGCAUUUAUAAGAAACCCAACAACAUAUUAGCCUAAGUUUUAUUUAUUUUAUUUUUUUAAAAAAACAUAAUUCUAUUUUUUAAUUUUCUAAAAACUACACAUACACUCAAAACACUGCACAGAGAGAAUUUUUUGAAAUUGAUUUGCCAAAAAAAAAAACGAAAAUUAUUCACAAAAAAUUAAAAAAACAAUUGUUACCUUGCUAGCAAAGGUUAGAUUUCGAAUGGAAUAUUGGGAUGAGAAAUUGGAAAGGAAUUUGCUUGUCCAGUGCCAGCCCGAGUAGAAGGCGAGCCCCUAGACCUUUGGACUAGUGAUGUUUGACAAUUGAUUGCAACGAAAAAUUAAAAACAAAAAAGGAAUUUCUAAAAAUGUGUUAGUGUUUUAAAAUGAAAAAAAAAACAACAAUCAUGACUUCCUCUUUCUAAAUCAUUAUUUAUUUUUUUAUUUUUAAUUUUAUUAUUUAAAAUUAAUUUUUAGAAAUCUCUCCUAAAUCUCCCUUUCCCUAAAUCUAUUUUAUUAUUUUUUUUUUAUUAUUUUUUUAUUUUUUAUAAAAGUUAAGAAAUCUUCUAUAUUUCUAAUAUUAACAUGUAAAUAGAUUCAAAAAUUUAAAAAUUAAAAUUUAAAAAUUAUAAAAAAAAUUGUGUAACACGAAAAUCAUUUAUCAAAUUUCCAUAAAAAAAAAAAACUAUUGA